AUGGAUCAUCUAUCUUCUUCCUCGUCGGCGGCGGCGGGCACUACGACCUAUACCCAGCAAUCUGUCAGCACCUUCCAACAGGAUGUUCCUAGACAAACCUAUACGACUGCCGGCACCAUCUACAACCCCAGCAACGCCCAGCAGCUCCAGCCUCCCGUUCGUCGCGGCCGCACUCUCAAGUGGCCUGCCCAAGGGGGCGCUGCUUCUGAGCUCUCUCUCUUUCCCAAGUCAGUUCUUGCUGGCUUGCCUCUCAAGUCCCAAAAUCUCGUCACUACACCCACCAGUCCUCGCCCACCCCAAAUCCCCAAGUACUCGCCUCUUCAGCAGAACUACGACCGCGCCGUCAGUCCUCUCACCGACUACAGCCUCGAGUCUCCGAAGGAAUUGGACGUCCGAAGCAUUUCGUCUUCCUCUCUCAUGCCAUCUAACAGCAUGGAUAGCAACCAAGCCUCACCGGUUGCUGCUGCCAUGCCCACAUCCGUCAUGAAGAAGCAUUUCGAUGCCAACUCGACCGACGAUGAAGACGAUGAGAGCUCUGGCGAGAACCCUCUUCGAGGCCUGACUGUCAAGUCUCUCCACAACUUGGCAUCAUACCCGAACCCGAACCAGAAGAGAGCUCAGAGGGCCCUUCUUCGUGCCCGGCCGGGUGCCACGCCGGCCCAAUCUGCUGGCAACAUCAGUCGCACGGCCACUCCAUCUUACGGAGCCCAGGCCUUUGAGAGUUUCGAUGUGGGAAAUGACUACUCACAUUCUCCUGCUCUAUUCCAUUCUGCCAAGACGGACCCAAACGACAUUUUCAAGAUGAAAGCCGAUAGGUCAAGCCAUGAUCCUGACAACUCCUGGCGCAGCAACUGCACAGGCCCGCCACCUGGUCUUUUUCCAGCAGCCACUAUCCAGAGAGAUCUCCCACAGACAGCGUACAAGUCUACUCUUGCAACUGGCCCAGGCGCUCCGCGUCCCUUGACUGCAGGCCCUCCGGGCCACCGACAGUAUCGUACAUCGACGUUCGAAAACACGGUCAAGGCCCUCAACAAUGGCCCCAAAGAGAUGCCGCUCGACGGACCCAUGUUGGGUCAAACGAAUCUGGGUCCGCAAAAUCACAUGGCGCUCGAAACCAUAAGGUUCCCAGGCACAGAGACACCCGUUCAUCUUAAAAGCCCGCUCGAUUCCCUUCUCUGCGGCUCUACACCCGACACAGACGACUGCCUUCAGGACGUCGUCGAAGAGGCGCGAAAAGUGUCUGAUCAACAAAUGGAGAAGGUUCUGGAGUUUAUCAAGCUUGGACAGAACAUGAACGAAGCCACGAGCCGUGCUCAGGCUGCAUCCGCCAUGCCCGUGGUCUCUAGUGAUGAAUGGCAAGCUGACUAUCCCAAGACAGCUCGGCCUCCCUGGACGGAGGGAACGUGGGCCAUUACGGAUGAUGCGCUCCAGAAGCGCAACGAGAGAAUCAGCCAGCUAUUUCAUGCAGGCACGGGCGCGCUUGGCAAAUCCAUGAUGGCUGUUAUCCAGGAAAAGGAAUUCCGUGACUUCAAGCGCCAGGUCGGUGUCAUCGGUGACCGACGACCCAAGUCCAAGGUUGAGAAGACUGAAUACCCGCCCAUUAAGGUUGCUCAGCUUAACAACAUGUCGGUCUCAGAGGCGACAGAGCCCUUCCUCACUAUGGCCUAUGCUGCCUUGGUGAACCACCAGGAGGGAGUUCACGAUCACCCUCAAUUCCAUCAGUGGGAAGACCCAGAGCCACACAUGGUUGACACGUCUGCUCAGGGUCUCCGAUCAGUGUUUAGACGGUGA